AUGCGACUUGUGGGUGGACAAGAGCCAAACAGUGGUAGAGUUGAAGUGAGGAGAGCAAAUAAAUGGGGUUGGUUUUGCGACGAAGGAUUUUAUUCUUCCAAAGUUAGCAUUAUCUGUAAUCAGUUAGGUUACAAAUCUGGUGAUAUGUAUUCUAUUGAUGUCAAUGAAACCAAUCCGUUCAUGUGGAGAACGAAUCUUCAUUGUCACGGCAGUGAACCAUUUAUUGAUGCUUGUGACAAUCAACAUUGGAGUUAUGAAAAUUUCUACAGUAGUUGGUGCCAAUCAAAUCCUCCAACUGUAUUCUGCUAUGGUGAUGUUAAAUUGCAUACUGGUCUUUAUAAUAAAACAGGGGUUCUAAAAGUGUAUAUGGACGAAAAUUAUUAUUCAUUAUGCGCAGAUGACUUCUCAAUUCAAAACGCCGAGGUUGUGUGUAGACAGUUAGGAUUCUCAACUAAUGCUGUUCGUAUCCUUCCCUCGUCAAGUUUUCAACAACAAGGUAUGACGUCAGGGAUGAAGUAUUCCUGUAGUGGUACUGAAUCUAACUUAGCUGAUUGUCCUUCUAGUAAUGAUACGUGUAGCAGUGACAGAAACCAAGUUGUUUUGUCUUGUUCCGAUGGCGCAUCCCAAGGCUCUGACGGGGAUAUACAGAUAGAUUCCAAUGGUUACGUAACCAUAUUAUAUUAUGGUAUUUGGGGUAAAAUAUGUGGUUUGGCAUGGGACAAUAAUGCAGCCAAAGUGGCAUGUAAACAGAUGGGUUAUGAAACAGGCAUGGCGCAUAAGAAAUAUAUACACCAGAGUGAUAAACCGUUAUGGGUAGAUACAGUAGAUUGUAAUGGUAGUGAAAAAGCUAUUAAAGACUGUCAAAUAACAACUGAAUUAAACUCGACUUGUUCUAACGCAGCUGCAGCUUACGCCUAUUGCUACAAUUCUUCAACUGAGCCCACCUAUUCGAUCAUCGGAAGUAAUGUAACUAGCUCUAAUAGUGGGUACGUAGAAACAGUUCGUGAAGGUGAACGAGGUUAUGUCUGUGAAUCUGAUGGAUAUCACAAUUAUGAAGCGGAUACAGUUUGUAGAAGUCUUGGUUAUGUUGAAGGAGAAAAAUAUCCUAUGGGUCAACUGCCAUUUACAGCUGCAUUUUGGAAAAAUUCAUUUUUUUGUAGUAAUAAAGAACCGCUAUUACAUCUAUGUGCCACUAGUCAGUGGUCUUAUCUGACACAUACUAACGAUUCUUAUGAUAGAGAGUGGUGUAGACGCUUCCCGUUGUCUGUCUUCUGCUACAAUAAAGUUCGACUACAUUCAAUGUACAGAAACAGCAGUGGUCUUGUUCUACAGAAUAAAGAUAAUAGAAAAUACCGUUAUUGUGCUGAUAAUGUUGAUUUAAAUACUGCUUCCAUACUUUGUCGCCAAAUUGGCUUUGACCAUGCCAGAGUUAUACUUCCAGGCUAUGCCUAUGAUCACUUAGAUUAUUACACGAUGGGGUACCAUAACCUUAGCUGUCCAUCUGGAGCUGUAAAACUAGAUGAAUGCACAGUUGAUUUUGAUGUAAAUGGUACAUGUGAUAGUGGUGCUUUAGCCUUGGGCUGUAAUGGUGGUAACUCAAUGCCUGAUGGUGUGACACGGAUAUUGAAGGAUGGUACAGUAGAAGUUAGUAAACAUGGGGUUUGGGGAACCAUCAGUUCAUUAAAUUGGGAUGAUGUUGAUGCUAAAGUUGUGUGUAAAGAAAAUGGUUUUGAGAGUGGUGUGUCUCUUGUACGAUUUUCUCGUGAAAGGCCACGGUGGAUGUAUGAUGUGAAUUGUACAGGGACAGAAUCUAAGUUAGUCAGUUGUUCCUAUGAAAAUAUAGGCUAUACUGAAACUGGAAUUUAUACAGCCAAUGCUGCAGUGUUUUGUUACGCUCCGUCGGAAGUGGGUACAUAUGAACUAGAGAAUGGUAACUAUGGUAGAUUGUUAUUGACCAGAGAAGGAAAGACAGGCUAUGUUUGCGAUCCAGACUAUGUAGCUAGAUCAGACUUGAUAACUGCUUGUAAAACACUUGGUUAUGAAAGUGGCGAUGUAUAUCCAUCUCCAGCACUUCCUUAUGGUCAUUUGUUUUGGAUGGCUGAUUUUUCCUGUGAAUCAGAUUCACCUAUCUUAGAAUCUUGUAUGAAGUCAGGGUGGACUAAUAAAACUGAUGCCUGGAGCUGUAGAGAUCAUAACACUUUUAGUGUAUAUUGUUAUGGAAGAGUUCGAUUACAUGUGGCCUAUAGAAAUAAUACAGGAAUACUUCUGAUUACUAACAAGCAAGAAAAAUAUUCCAUUUGUUCUGAGGGCUUUGAUAUGGUAUCAGCAAAUGUCUCCUGUAAAGAAAUGGGAUUUGUUGGAGUGAGAAGGAUCCUUCCUUCUUAUAUCUUCACCAAUUAUCAUACAACCAAAUAUUCCAAUUUCCAAUGCAAUGGAAAUGAGGCUUCCUUAAUGGACUGUCCACACGAAGAACAUGGUUGUAACGGCAGUUUUGUAGUUGUUGAAUGUGAUGACAGUGGCCUACCUCCUUUUAGUAAUUACACUGCGGCAACCCCAAAUUACAACAAUUACAACUAUACUCCACCUUACAAUAACUGGAAUAACACGAAUGGAUAUACUCCUUCAUACAACAACUCGGAUAGCACCACAGACAAUAAUUAUGUGAGCGAUAGAAACUCUUCAAACUCGAACAGCUCUGUGCCACCUGGUGGCAUGACUAGUGGAAACAAUACCGACGGUGGCGUAACAGGUUCAUCGAACUCUAAUGGAAACAAUACUGAAAGUGGUGUAACAAAUCCACCCAGCACUACAGGAAACAAUGCUGUCGUUACAGAUCCAACAGGCUCGAGUGGAAGCAAUACUACCAUUAACUCUGAUGGAGAUACAGCUAACCCGAAUUCGCCAAAACCAGCUGUUCCAACAAAAACUAGCGGAAACAGUGGAGAUACUGGUAGCAACCCUUCUAAUCCGUCCGACUCUAAUGAUGACUCGAACGCUGGUAAAAAAUCAUCAGCAGCUUUCAUAUCGAUUGUAAGAAGUUGUAUACUGUUAACUAUUGUGGUGGCUAUAAUAGGACAUUUCUAAACAGAAUUUAUCGGAAUCAAAAUAUAUAUUAAUACGUGCCUUUAAAAUAGCUAUUUACCAAAUAUCACCCGGUGUUUCAAUAAUUACUUUACCCAAGUUCGAGUUUAUAUCUAAAUAAAGAUGCACAGUUUUUAAGAAUUUUUUGUGAUUUUUCAAUAUUUAAGAUCUAUUAUAUUAAGAUUAUUAAUACAUGUACUGUGAUACGCAAAUUUUUUUGCUGUUUUUUCAUAUAAUUUUAGAUAUUGUAUUUUUUCUACGAGUAUAAACUUGUUACCACUUCAUAGCCAUAGCAAAAAAUAAACAUUUACCAGAUGUC